AUAUUCAUGUGUUAUAAAAAUGAUACUAGUAAACUAAAUAACCAAAUCUUUUUGAAUCGGAAUAAUUUAUUAAUUAAUAUGAUGCUUUUCUUUUUAUUAAUAUGAUGCUUCUUUACUACUACGUGGCGUGGGGUAAAGUGUCCCCAAUCUUGCUCCUACAGGUAGGCCCCCAUUUCUCAUAUUAAUAUCCUCCACACCUUCAAUUUAAUUCAGCUUAUUUCAUUUUCUGACUUUUUUUUAAAAAGUUCUGCUUCAUAUCUCUCUGCAGAAUACGCAGUUUUUUCUCGCAACUAACCAGCCACAGAUCUCUCGAUUUUGUUAUGGUGUGGCCAUCGAAGCGACUGGCGGAGACAGUGAUGAAGAGCGGCGCGAUUGUGGAGGAAGGCUACGUGUACGAAGACGAGACGCAUCUCACUGUUCGGAAAACCUCUCUCUUUUUCGCCGGCGACGGCUUCACUGCUUACGACUGCAAAGGCGAGCUCGUCUUCCGAGUCGACUCGUACGGCCCCGACGCCGGCGAUACGGGUGAAGUCGUUCUCAUGGACGCUGCCGGAAGAUGCAUCCUCACCGUCCGUCGCAAGCGGCCAAGCCUGCACCAGCGGUGGGAGGGCUUCGUCGGCGAGGGAGCGGAUGGGAAGAAGCCGGUGUUCAGCGUGCGAAGGUCCUCGAUAAUCGGACGGUCGAGCAUGACGGUGGAGGUGUACACCAACCCCGGCGAGGAGUACCAGAUCGAAGGCUCCUUCGCCUGCCGGAACUGCAACAUUUUCAACGCCGAUAAGGAGAUCGUGGCGGAGGUCCGCCGCAAGGUGGACGCGACCACCAACGUGGUGCUCGGGAAGGACGUCUUCGUGCUGUCGCUGAAGCCGGGGUUCGACGGCGCCUUCGCCAUGGGGCUGGUGCUGAUACUCGAUCAGAUACACGGCGCCGACGAAGACGACGCCGACGGCGGCCAGAACGGAAGCAAGGUCGGUGUGGAGCCCACCGGUGAGGAUUCGAAUAAUUCAAAUCUCUCUACCUAAGUUUAGAAUACUUUUUUGUUAAUUACACCUUGCCCCCAUGAUCUAGUUGUCAUGCAACAAAGGCUCCCCUAAGUUUCGCCUAUACACUUUUGUAGCCUCUUGUUUGUUAUAUUUGUAUAGGUUGUAGCUCUUUGCAAGAAAUUUGCGCUUUGCUUAUGGUUUAUCUUUUAUGUAAUGUUAUGUGACAUCUUUGUAUUAAUGGGGAAUUUGUUGGUAUAUAUAUUCAUCUUUUAAGCGAA